GCUAUCCGACAUAUUUGUAGCCAGCAUUCAAAUUUUGCAUCUAAUUGCAAAACAAAACAAAGCGGCUUUAAACCGCUUAUCAAUUUUAAAAGGCUUUUUCCCGAAGAGAAGGUUAGCAAGCUAUCACUAAUUCUCUUUGGACCAUGGCUGACGACGACGUGCUGUUUGAAGAUGUAUACGAGCUCUGUGAGGUGAUUGGGAAGGGGCCUUUUAGUGUGGUGCGAAGAUGCAUCAACAGAGACACAGGGCAGCAGUUUGCUGUGAAGAUUGUGGAUGUAGCCAGCUUCACCUCCAGCCCUGGACUUAGCACUGAAGAUCUAAAGCGAGAAGCUAGUAUUUGUCACAUGCUGAAGCAUCCUCACAUUGUAGAGCUUUUGGAAACCUACAGCUCAGAUGGAAUGCUCUACAUGGUUUUUGAGUUUAUGGAUGGAGCAGAUCUUUGUUUUGAAAUUGUGAAGCGUGCAGAUGCGGGUUUUGUCUACAGUGAGGCCGUGGCCAGCCACUACAUGCGUCAGAUACUGGAAGCCCUGCGUUACUGCCAUGACAACAAUGUCAUUCACAGAGAUGUCAAGCCUCACUGUGUGCUCCUGGCAUCCAAAGAGAACUCUGCUCCUGUCAAACUGGGUGGUUUUGGGGUUGCAAUUCAGCUAGGCGAGUCUGGUUUGGUCGCUGGAGGCCGAGUAGGGACUCCUCACUUUAUGGCCCCUGAAGUGGUAAAGAGGGAGCCAUAUGGGAAGCCAGUGGAUGUGUGGGGCUGUGGUGUCAUCCUCUUCAUUUUGCUCAGUGGCUGUUUGCCCUUCUACGGCACCAAGGAACGCCUGUUUGAAGGCAUAAUUAAAGGCAAAUACAAGAUGAACCCUCGACAGUGGACCCAUAUCUCUGAGAGUGCUAAAGACUUGGUGCGGCGCAUGCUGAUGUUGGACCCUGCUGAGAGGAUCACUGUUUAUGAAGCCCUUAACCACCCUUGGCUAAAAGAGAGGGAUCGUUAUGCUUACAAGAUCCACCUGCCUGAGACAGUGGAACAGCUGAGGAAGUUCAACUCCAGGAGGAAGCUAAAGGGGGCAGUGCUGGCGGCUGUAUCCAGCCAUAAAUUCAACUGUUUCUAUGGUGACCCUCCAGAGGAACUGCAUGAUUUUACAGAGGACCCCACCUCUUCAGGGGCGGUGUCUCAGGUUCUGGAUAGUCUAGAAGAAAUCCAUGCCCUGACCGACUGCAGCGAGAAGGAUCUGGACUUCUUACACAGUGUUUUCCAGGACCAGCAUCUACACACACUGUUGGAUCUUUAUGACAAGAUAAACACAAGGUCUUCACCGCAGAUUAGAAAUCCUCCCAGUGAUGCAGUCCAGAGAGCCAAAGAGGUGCUAGAGACCAUUUCUUGUUACCCUGAGAACAUGGAGGCUAAAGAGCUGAGGAGGAUUCUAACACAGCCUCACUUUAUGGCAUUACUGCAGACACAUGAUGUAGUGGCUCAUGAGGUGUACAGUGAUGAAGCAUUGAGGGUCACCCCACCUCCGACCUCACCCUACCUAAAUGGAGACUCUCCUGAGAGCAUCAACGGAGACAUGGACCUUGAGAAUGUCACUCGAGUUCGUCUGGUACAGUUUCAGAAGAACACAGAUGAACCUAUGGGCAUCACUCUGAAGAUGAAUGACCUGAACCACUGCAUUGUGGCUCGGAUUAUGCAUGGAGGAAUGAUACACAGGCAAGGAACACUGCAUGUAGGAGAUGAAAUUCGUGAAAUUAAUGGAAUCAGUGUAGCCAAUCAGACAGUGGAACAGCUACAGAAGAUGCUGAGAGAAAUGAGGGGGAGUAUCACCUUUAAGAUUGUACCGUCUUACCGCAGCCAGUCCCUUUCCUGUGAUAAAGAUUCACCUGACCUGCCCAGACUGUCUCCAGCAAAUGGGCAUGCCAGUGUCACCAGCUCCAUUCUGGACUUGCCAGCAACUAUUCAACCCAAAGGACGGCAGAUCUCCAGACCUGCAAUCAAGGAUAAAAUGUCUAUGAAGAUAUUUGUGCGGGCACAGUUUGAGUAUGACCCUUCAAAGGAUGACCUCAUCCCUUGUAAAGAGGCAGGCAUUCGCUUUCGAGUGGGUGACAUUAUCCAAAUCAUCAGUAAGGAUGACCACAACUGGUGGCAGGGCAAGCUGGAAAACACAAAGAAUGGAACAGCUGGACUCAUUCCUUCUCCAGAGCUUCAGGAAUGGCGUGUGGCUUGCAUAGCAAUGGAAAAAACCAAGCAGGAGCAGCAGGCUAGUUGCACCUGGUUUGGUAAGAAGAAGAAACAGUACAAAGACAAGUAUCUAGCUAAGCACAAUGCAGUGUUUGACCAACUAGACCUCGUCACAUAUGAGGAAGUUGUGAAGUUGCCAGCCUUCAAGAGAAAAACUCUGGUUUUGUUGGGAGCCCAUGGUGUUGGAAGGCGACACAUCAAAAAUACACUAAUUGCUAAGCACCCAAACAGAUUUGCUUACCCCAUCCCACACACAACCAGGCCCCCUAAAAAGGACGAGGAAAAUGGUAAGAACUACUACUUUGUGUCACAUGACCAGAUGAUGCAGGACAUCUCAAACAAUGAGUACCUGGAGUACGGCAGUCAUGAGGAUGCAAUGUACGGCACAAGGCUGGAGACCAUCCGCAAAAUCCACGAGCAGGGCAUGAUCUCCAUCCUGGAUGUAGAGCCACAGGCACUUAAAGUUUUGCGGACAGCAGAAUUUGCUCCCUAUGUGGUUUUCAUAGCUGCACCCACUGUAACUCCUGGUAUGAAUGAGGAUGAGUCUUUGCAGAGACUGCAAAAAGAAUCAGAAGCACUGCAAAAGUCUUAUGCUCACUACUUCGACAUGACCAUCAUCAAUAACGAGAUCGAUGAAACAAUCCGGCUGCUGGAGGAAGCCAUCGAUGUAGUGUCCACAACCAGCCAGUGGGUGCCAGUGUCCUGGGUCUAUUAGCGGCUGCUUUAGGCCUCAACUUUACACCAAUGUUGCCGUAGCCUACCACUUUUUCCAAAUAAAUAGGUACUGACACUUGUCUGUAACAGA